CCAGCAGGAGAGAAGGAGGGAGAGAGAAGCAGAGGCAGAGGAAGGAAAGCACUUUGCCAAGAGGCUCCUUUAGAACACCCUGCCAGCUGCGCCCUUUGAGCUCUCUGCUCGCCCUCUCCUCCAGGGGAUUAAAACUCCAAAUGUUGGUCAAGCUGAGGAUGGCUUUCCAGCAGGCCGGGAAGAUAUCCGAAGGGAGCCUGCCCAAACUGGAAGCCAACAUCCUCGUCAUUGGAGCUGGGAAGGUGGGCAAGUCAGCUUUGACGGUUCGGUUUCUGACUCGGAGGUUUAUUGGCGAAUAUGGAGAUAUUGAAUCAAUUUACACCCACAAAGUGAUAAUGGCUGGCCAGGAAGUCUGCUUCAGCAUCUGGGACUCCGUCUGCCCCCAGAUGGCCAAGCUCCAGGGUUGCCUGAACGAGAAGCAGCUCCGCUGGGCCGACGGCUUCGUCAUCGUCUACAGCAUCAGCGACCGUGCCAGCUUCCAUUUUGCCCGCCAGCAGCUCCAGAGGAUCAAGCAGCUGAAGAAGAGAGGAGGUGCUGAAAAGGUCCCCGUUAUCCUGGUGGGGAACAAGCGGGACUUGCAGCACCUGAGAACCGUCUCCAGCGAGGAAGGCCGCCUUCUGGCCCUCUCCACCGACGCAGGCUUCUUCGAGAUCUCUGCCGCUGAGACCUACCAUGGUGCCCUGGUGGUCUUCCACGAACUUCUGGACCUGGUACGGGACUCCAGGAGCACCACCAAAAAGGCAGUGGGCAUCCGGGGACUCGUACGCAGCAUGUCAGCUGUCCUUGGGAGGAGAAGGACUGAAUGAGCUUUGGUUGCAGGGAGAUGGGAGGAAAGAGAGGAACUAGGGAAUUUUGGGAGAGGAGCUCUGUUGACGGCCGCUCAGUUGGAUGUGCAUCCAUCCCUAAGGAACAUCGGGCGAAAUGACCACAGAAGGAUGGUGUGGAAUGCUUGCACACCUUGGACCUAGAGUUAUGGACAGCUAUAAAUGUAC